AUGUUCAAAAAACUUUUAAGUCAUAAUAAAUUAUUUUCUUGUAAAAUAAAACAAAAUUCAUCUAAUAGUAAUAGUGUAUUAUUAUCAUCACCUGUCGAUCAUUCUAGAAAUAGACAAUUUUCAACUUUAUCAAAGAACAAUGUUAAAUUGAUAGAUGAUUUCAAUAACAACAAGAACAAUGAUGACGGUAGUAAUAAUAGUUUCAUAGAUGAUGAUAUAAUAGAUUUUGAUAGUAGUGGUGAUGGUGGUGGUAUACUUGGUCAAAAAGAAUCUCAUGAAUGGACUAAAUUAGAAGUUAAACAAUUAGAGAAUCUUGUUGAAAAACUCGGUGAAAAUUGGGAUUUGGUUUCCAAGUAUAUGUUUACUAAAUCACCAGUAGAAUGUUUUAAAAAAUAUAAAAAUCUAUUAAGUAUAUUACCUGAUCAUACAAAAAAAUUUAAACAUAGCAAUGAUAAUGAUGACUUAAUUUUAGACCAUCAAAAAGAAUUACCAACAGAAAAAAGUUGGAAGGAAGAAGAAAUUAAAUUUUUGAAUAAUUUAAUUGAGAUACAUGGACGUAGAUGGAACCAAAUUAUUAAACAUUUUCCAAAUAAAAGUUCUAAUCAUGAUCAUCUUCCUUGGGCAAGGUAUGAAAUAAAUUUACUAAAUGAACUUGUUGAAACAUAUGGACAAAAUUGGUUAGUAAUAUCUAGUAAACUUCCUGGUAGAUCUGCUACUUCAUGUGAAUUUGAGUAUCAUUUAUCUUGGAACCAAAUUAAUAAUGAUGUCACUUCAAUAGCUAAUCACUGUUUAUCAAAAGAAGUAAUAGAUGCAUUUAAUCUGCUUUUGAAAAAGUAUGGUAAAUGGCAAUUAGUUCCAUUACUUGUACCAGGAUUUACACCUUUAAAUUGUAAUUCACGUAAUAGUCUCAGUCUCAAAACAUGUCAAUGGUCACCUGAAGAUAAAAAUUUAUUAAAGAAUAUAAUAACUGAAUAUGGUUUUGAUUGGGAUAAAAUUAUCCCCAACUUUCCAUAUAAAAAGUCAAAUGAUAUACGUCAACAUGUUUUCAAGUAUCUUACAAAAUAUCGUCCUCGUGAUAUUAUUAAUGAUGCAUACAAAUCAAAACCAGAGGUUAAAUGGGGUGCAAAUGAUAUUUACCAACUAUUUAAAUUAAGAUAUUCAGGUAAUGAUUUUACAGAAAUUUCAAAAAAACUUAAACCAGCAAGAACACCAUUAGCAUGCUAUGUAAGAUUUUAUUAUAUUUCAAAAUAUUAUGAGUCAUUAAACACAAAUUGGUCAUUGAUGGAAGUUGUUGAGCUUCAAUUUUUAUACAAUAAAUAUGGAGCUAAAUGGAAAUUGAUAGCAAAUAAAUUGGAAAAUAAGAGAUCAGUCAAAGAGAUUAAACAAUUUUAUUUUGACUAUGAACACAUAUUUCCAUUUUUUAAUAUGAGUAAUUUCAUAAGAACUAAUACAACAUGGAAUGAUGAAGAAAUUGGACAAUUCACAAAACUUUAUCAAAAAUAUGGACCUGAUUGGAAAACAAUAACAAAGGAAAUUAAAACUAAGAAAAGAAAUCAAUGUAUAUCAUUUUACAAAUCAAAUCAUCAAUUUUUGGUAGAACCAACUCAUAAUGAGCAAAAAAGUUAUUGGUUUAUUGCACGUAAGGAUUGGACAAAAACAGAUAGAGAUUUAUUAAAGGAUUUAUUAAAAAAAUAUGGAAAUGAUUAUGGACGUCUUGCUGAAUACUUUCCUGGUAGGACAUUUAAAUCCAUUAAAAAUCAAGCAACAAAGAUGAAAAAAGGUGACGAAGGUUGUGUUGGCUUGGAACUUGAUGAUAAUGAUGAUGUUAACACUAAUCAUUUUAAUGAUGGAAAACUUGAAUCAAAUGGUCGUAAAAGAGCAAUAUGGUCAAGCAGUGAAAUAAAGAAAUUAGUUGAUUUGGUUAGAAUAUACAGUGGAGAAUGGAGUAAAAUUUCUGAAAUUAUGAAAAAUAGAAGUUCAGAUGCCUGUUCAAGAAAAUAUUAUACUCUAGAAAAAAGGGAAAUUUCUGGAUUAGUUUAUGAUGUGCAGGUUCAAUUCUUUUGGUAG